UGACAAUUGACCUACAAUGACGACCAUAUCUCAAAAAAAAAAAUCAUUUGAUCACUUCUCCAAUUACACAUUUUAAUUCAAUUUUAUUAUCAUUUCCACAUAAUGUUCCUUUUAAAGAAAUGGAGAGCUACUACUUUUGGGCUUUAUGGGUAUAUGAAUUUCACCAAAGCUGGUUUUUUGGAGCAUUCCAAGAAGUUCAAACCAGAAGAUAUGCAGAUUAAAAUAGAUGGCAAGAAUUGCAUAGUAACUGGAGCUAAUUCUGGCAUUGGUUACGCAACAGCAGAGGGUCUUGCUUCACGUGGGGCAACUGUGUACAUGGUAUGUCGUAACAAGGAGAGGGGUGAAGCUGCCCUUUCUAAAAUUCGGUCAACAACCGGCAACCAAAACGUUCACCUGGAGGUUUGCGAUCUUUCAUCUGUCAGCGGUAUCAAGUCUUUUGCGUCCAACUUUGCUGCAAAGGAAGUACCAGUUCAUGUUUUGGUUAAUAAUGCUGGUUUGCUCGAGAAUAACCGAGUUACAACAUCAGAAGGGUUUGAAUUGAAUUUUGCUGUAAAUGUGUUGGGCACUUAUGCCAUGACAGAACUAAUGGUUCCCUUGUUAGAGAAAGCUGCACCUGAUGCUCGGGUCAUUACAGUAUCCUCUGGUGGGAUGUACACGUCGCCAUUGACAGCAGACCUACAGUAUAGUGAAGGGACGUUCAGUGGAGUGGAUCAAUAUGCCCGAAACAAGAGAGUGCAGGUUGAAUUAAAUGAUAAGUGGGCCGAAAUGCAUAAGGACAGAGGGAUUUCAUUCUACACGAUGCACCCAGGUUGGGCUGAAACACCAGGAGUAGCUAGGAGUAUGCCUAGUUUCAAUCAAUCGUUAUCAGGAAAAUUAAGAACAAGUGAGGAAGGUGCAGACACAGUUAUUUGGCUAGCCUUGCAGCCAAAAGAAAAGCUAGUAUCGGGUGGAUUUUAUUUUGAUAGGGCUAUAGCUCCUAAACACCUGAAAUUUUCAGCUACCAGUGGCUCGGAGACAUUAAUCGACUCUAUUAUCAGCAACCUCCGUUCAAUGGCUACACUUCCUGCUUGAACUGAGCAUACCCUUACGGCAUUAUGUGAUGCCUUGAAUUUUUCUUUAGACCCUUCCUUUUAUACGUAUACUAGGUCGAUAUCCGGGCAUUUCCCGUGAAAUAAAACUAGACUAUAAGUUAUUCAUAUGAUUUUUCUACAAAGCCACAGAUUUAUAUAAGAUGAUAUAUGUACAUGUAUAAGAUUAUAUUUAUUUUCUGGCAAAAUACUAUAAAAAUGAAAACAAUAGAGUAUUCUUCAAUAA